UCGAGACUGGGCGACCCCAAACGUUGGCUCCCGGCGGCCAUGAUGAGGCCCCGAGUUUCCGCGUCGCCUGGCUGCCGGUAGUUUUCCCGCUGCCACAGUCGCCGAGAGGCAGAAUGCGGGGAGGAGAGAAAGCGUCUUAAGCAGGUUCCAGGCCCAGCGCAGAGCUCUACAUGGGGAUGGAUCUCAGGACCCCGAAAUAAUGAUCUGAGCCAAAAUCGAGAGUGAAUCAGCUGAAAGAGUGAAGAGCCGAAAUCAACCAACUGAGCCACCCAGGAACGAAUAUUCUAGAAAUUAAUGAGAUUAAUCUUUACUAAUAAAGGAAGAAUGGCAUUGAAGGAGAUUUCCAGCAACAAGUGCUUUGAAGGGUUGCAGAAAGUUUUUGAACAUGACAGUGUUGAACUGAGCUGCAAAAUGAAAUUUGGUAUCUACUUACCACCAAAGGCAGAAACUGAAAAAUGCCCUGCACUGUAUUGGCUGUCUGGUUUGACUUGCACAGAACAAAAUUUUAUAUCAAAGGCUGGUUAUCAGCAAGCUGCCUCCGAACAUGGCCUCAUCAUCAUUGCUCCAGAUACCAGUCCUCGGGGCUGCAAUAUUAAAGGAGAAGAUGAGAGCUGGGACUUCGGCACCGGUGCUGGAUUUUAUGUGGAUGCCACUGAAGAUCCUUGGAAAACUAACUACAGAAUGUACUCUUAUGUAACUGAGGAGCUUCCCCGGCUCAUAAAUGCCAAUUUUCCAGUGGACCCCCAAAGGAUGUCUAUUUUUGGCCACUCCAUGGGAGGCCAUGGAGCUCUGAUUUGUGCUUUGAAGAAUCCUGGAAAGUACAAAUCUGUGUCGGCAUUUGCUCCCAUUUGCAACCCAGUGCUCUGUCCUUGGGGCAAAAAAGCCUUUAGUGGAUAUUUGGGAACAGAUCAAAGUAAAUGGAAGGCUUAUGAUGCUACCCACCUUGUGAAGUCCUACCCAAGUUCUCAGCUGGACAUACUGAUUGAUCAAGGGAAAGAUGACCAGUUCCUUACAGAUGGACAGUUACUACCUGAUAACUUCAUAGCUGCCUGUACCGAAAAGAAAGUCCCUGUUGUUUUUAGACUACAAGAGGGUUAUGAUCAUAGCUACUACUUCAUUGCAACCUUUAUUACCGAUCACAUCAGACAUCAUGCAAAAUACCUGAAUGCAUGAAAAACUUCAGAUAAGAGAAUUUGUUCAAGAUUAUAUAAAAUUUGCUCAAGAUUAUAGAAAGGGAAAAAUGAUUUCAAGACAUUGAUUUCAUAGUGCUAAAAAUGCAUCAUUCCAUAGUUGAAUCACUUUAUGGAUAAAUAUGUAAAACCUGCUUAUGAUUUAAAAGUUAUCCUCCCAGUGUUCAUAUGGGAAAUAUUUAAUACUUUACAACUUUGUCAAGGUCAUUUGAAAAUCAUUGUUGUAUUAACCUCAAACCACAGAACAUAUGAAUAUAAUCCCAUUUUAAUCAUAGAAUGCUAACUCAGGAACAGGUUUUAGAAGUAAUUUAGCCUAAACCCCUCAUUUUGCCAGACUUGAAAUCUGUGAAAGCAUGGACUGUCUUCAUUAUGUUCACUGUUAGAUCUCUAAGUGUUUAGCAUCUACUUGGCUUUUAAUAGGCAUUUAAUAACUAUGUGUUGUUAAAUAAGGAAGUAGGCUCAGAAAGGUUAAGUAAAUUCCCCAUCAUUACACAUUUAUUUGUGAGACAGCUAAGAUUAGAAGCCAGAUUUCCUAAACCCAUUCCACUGAAAUUUCUUAUCUCUUCAGCCAAACAGAUUUGUGGACCUUGAUUUCUGGAAUCUCCCAAGAGACAAGAAUUAAACAAUAAGAUUCAAUCUGAAAAUAGCUAUAUAGGAAAGUUGUUUCAUAUGUUACUGUAAACACAGUAUUUUCCUUCAGUUACAUGGAGAAAUUUAGUUUGGUGAGCUCACCAAGAAUAGUAACCAGUCUCUGUAAGUACCCUAUUGUGUUCCUUUAAGAACUUAAUGAAUAAACUUUUGAAACCUGA